CUCUCAUUCUAGGAGGACGUCAUAUGACGUCCUCCCAUUCUCACCGCGCAUGCACGGCUCUGGGAGCGCGCAGUGUGGCAAUCGAUGGAGAGGAGAGCCGGUAAUGAUGAUCAGUGUAGCCCCAGCAGUGCCACCUGUCAGUGUCCAUCAGUGCCAUGUGUCAGUGCUCAUCCAUGCCACCUGCCAGUGCCCAUCAGUGCCACAUUUCAGUGCCUACCAGUGCACAUCAAUGCCACAUAUCAGUGCCCAUCUGAGCUGCCUUUCAGUGUCACCCAUCAGUGCCAGUCAGUGCCACCUAUCAAUGCCAGUCAGUGCCACCUAUCAGUGCUGCCAAUCAGUGCCACCUAUCAGUGCCCAUCAGUGCUGCUUAUCA